AUGUUUUAUUGCCUCAUAUUAUUAACAUUGGUUGCUCAUGUGUCUGGAGCAAUUGGUGGUCUUAUUGGCACGAUGCAAAGCGCCGGAGCGAAUGGUACAUUCGUUUGCAAUGGCAGACCUGAAGCAAAUGUCCUCGUGAAAUUAUAUGAUCAGGAUAGAUUGCUUAGUACUGAUGAUCUUAUGGGUGAGACGAAAACAGACAGAAAUGGUUAUUUUCGUGUUGUCGGUAAAAUAAGGGAAAUAUCUACAAUCGAUCCGAAACUUAAUGUUUAUCAUGAUUGUAACGAUGGGUGGAAGCCAUGUCAAAGGAAAUUCAGUAUUAAAUUGCCGGAUUCAUACGUUACAAACGGUGAUAUACCAAGACGGAUUUAUGAUGUUGGACGAAUGGAACUUGCUGGAAAAAUGCCCGGCGAGGAACGUGAUUGUCUUCAUUAA